AUGGGAGGCGGCGAUCUCAAUCUCAAAAAGUCGUUCCACCCGACGCUGAGACGUAACCAGGCGGCCGUCUACGAUGAGGAACAAAAAGCCCUCGCCGAGCGCAAGCGAACCCAGCAGCGCAUCAAUGAGAUCAAAGAGGAGCGAGCAAAGGAAGAGCUCCAGCGGCAACUCGAGGCUGCGGGCGGCAGGAAACGAGUCGACCGCGUCGACUGGAUGUACCAGGGCCCAACCGAUGGCCAGGCCGGCACCACCGAAGAGCAGGAGGCGUACCUGCUGGGGAGGCGCAGGAUCGAUACCCUGAUCAAGGGCACAGAACACAAGAACCUGGAAAAAGCGGCCGGCCAAGAGAGCUUCAUGGCCCUCCAAAACGCCAACAGUGCCCGCGACACGGCCGCCAAGAUCCGAGACGACCCUCUGCUGGCCAUCAAGCGUCAGGAGCAAGCAGCCUACGACGCCAUGAUGAACGACCCAACCAAGCGGCAACAGCUGCUCUCCUCGAUGGACGGAAACAUGACGGGCAUCGGAGUCGUGAUGCGGACGAAGACGCUCAUCGGUCCCGUCGCCGCCAUCGCUCAAUCUCACGCUCCCGCAGUCCCCGGCGCCACCGCGACGACUCUGAAAAGCACGAGCGCCACCGCAGGCACAGGCGAUCUGACCAAGAGCGCUCGCGCCUACGCAGCGCGUCUCCCAGUGGACGUUACGGACGCUGGAGUGACGACUCACGCGAACAAGCUCCAGAGCGUCAAAGACGGCGAGACCAAAGCCACCGGGGGAGCCACAGAGACGCUCCCAGGUACAGCAACGCUGGACCACGAGCCAGAAGGGAAGAAAAAGACGAACGUGACCUGGACCAAGACCGCUCGGCCCGGCUCGCAGCACUAG